AUGAGUGUGAGUUAGCACAGAAGCGAGCAACUCCUCUCCCCAAUUUCCCAUGAAGCUACUUCCUCUCAAAAUCUGGUGAUUGAUCGGUCACGACAAAUUCAUUCAACUGCAUCAGCAUAAAAGGGGGAUAAUUUCAGACGCAAUUCGGCUUGGUAGAGAUGGCGUCAAUUUCCUGCAUCGCCUCCUCCAUUUCCGCAGCUACUUCGCAAUCGACUACACCUCUAUUUUCCCCCUUUUCCGCCAACCCCCAUUUCGUUGGCUUCUCUUACCGCCGAUCACACAGGGUUGGUAUAAGGUGCAGUUACUCUGGCUCUGGCAUUAGAGAGGAUUCGAAUGUCGGUACUAUUGAUGUUGUUGCUGAUGUUAAGACUGAGCGAGUUGUAGUUUUAGGUGGCAGUGGCUUUGUGGGUUCAGCAAUAUGCAAAGCUGCAGUAUCAAAGGGUAUCGAGGUCAUUAGUCUUAGCAGGUCAGGCCGACCAUCUUACUCGGAUGCAUGGGUAGAUCAGGUCACUUGGCUGACAGGAGAUGUUUUUUAUGCAAAUUGGGAUGAAGUGCUUCCAGGUGCUACUACAGUUGUUUCAACACUUGGAGGUUUUGGCAGCGAGGAACAGAUGCAAAGGAUCAACGGCGAGGCUAAUAUAGUAGCAGUAAAUGCUGCUAAAGAGUUUGGUAUUCCCAAGUUCAUAUUGAUCUCGGUUCAUGAUUACAAUUUGCCAUCCUUUCUACUAUCGAACGGUUACUUCACUGGGAAAAGGAAAGCUGAAUCCGAGGUUCUGUCCAAGUAUCCAGCUUCAGGCGUUGUUUUCAGACCGGGGUUCAUAUAUGGGAAACGAAAGGUCGAUGGUCUCGAGAUUCCCCUGGACUUAGUUGGGGAGCCAGUGGAGAAACUUCUCAACGCUGUACAGAAUUUUACCAGACCUUUGAACUCUCUGCCUGCCUCUGAUCUACUGUUGGCUCCCCCUGUCAGUGUAGACGACGUUGCGUUCGCGGUAGUAAAUGCCGUCUCUGAUGAUGAUUUCUUCGGCGUUUUCACCAUCGAGCAAAUCAAGGAAGCUGCAGCAGCAGCAAAGGUCUGAAAUGUUUUUUGUAGAAACCUUGCAAGACUUGAGGUCUUGUACAUUGCAUCAUGCAAUAAACUCAACUUAAGAAUGAUAGCUGUGAUGACUGAUGUAUUAAGGUUUCGCUAAGAAUUUAGCAAUCAAUCCAUAGCUAGAAUUUUCUGAUUCA